AUGUCGGGAAGAAAGGUAUUGGUACUUGAUAAUGGCGCGAACUCAAUUAAGGCAGGUUAUGCUGACUCAACUCAAGCAAGAACUAUACCUAAUUGCAUUGUGACGCGUGGAAAAGGCGACAAAAAGUCUUAUAUAGGGGAUCAAUUAAGCAUGUGUACAGAUUUUACUGGGUUAUAUUAUAAAUUACCAUUUGAAAAGGAAGUUUGGGAUAGAAUUUUUUCUAAAGAUGUUCUUAAUUGCGAUCCGAAAAAUACUACUUUAUUAAUUACAGAACCAUGUUUUAAUUUACCAAACAUUCAACAAAACUAUGAUGAAGUUAUAUUUGAAGCAUAUGAAUUCGAAGCAUAUUAUAGAACAAUUGCUCCAUGGUUAUGUAUUCAAAAUGACACAACUUCACUUUAUAAAGAUCGAUUUUAUAAACCUAAUGAAGUGCCUGAUUGUGCAUUGGUUGUUGAUUCUGGUUAUUCGUUUACUCAUGUUGUACCUUUUGUUAUGGGAAGACCGAUAUUACCAGCUAUCAGAAGGAUCAACAUUGGAGGAAAAUUGUUAACAAAUCAUCUGAAGGAGAUCGUAUCAUUUAGGUAUUGGGAUAUGAUGGAACAAACCUACAUUAUGAAUGAAGUUAAAGAAACGUGUUGUUUCGUUUCUCAAGAUUUUUUAUCGGAUCUAGAAAUUUGUCGAAAAAAUCCACGAGAUAAUCCAAUUCUUCAAGAAUACAUUCUCCCAGACUUUUCAAGAAAUUCAAAGGGAUACAUAAGAGAAAAGAAACGUGGAGGAGAAUAUGAUCAAUCCGAUGAACAAGUAUUGUACAUGAACAAUGAAAGAUUAUCUGUUCCAGAAAUAUUAUUUAAUCCUAUGGAUGUUGGAAUGAACCAAGCAGGAAUUCCUGAAGUAAUAGUGGAAUCAAUUAAUGCAACUCAUCCUGAAAUGUUUCCUUCUUUAUCUGUAAAUGAUGUAGAUUUGCAUGGAUUACUUUAUGGAAACAUCAUCCUGGUCGGUGGAAAUUCUUUAUUUUCCGGAUAUAAAAAUAGAAUUGAAAAGGAUUUACGUUAUCUCGCACCAACGGAAUUUGAAAUUAGGGUUGGAAUUCCUGUCACAUAUGCAUGGCAAGGUGGUGCUAAAUUUGCAAAUUCAGCUGAAUUUAACGAGAAGUUGGUUUCUCGUGCUGAGUUUAAUGAAUACGGCCAUAACAUUUGUCUACAAAGAUUUGGUUUAGGCGAUGAUGACGAUAUAGAAAUGUCCGAGUAA